AUUUUCAAUGGAUGUUUAAUCUGUGCAAUUGAUUUAUAGAAAGCCUUUGCUGUUAGCUGUGUGUGAGUGAACGGUCCCGCAGUGUUCUUAGGUUACCUGGACUGAAAGCUGUACAGACCCGAGCCGCGCCAAUCGCGUGGCACUGUUUCGUGUCAACACAGUCUAUUUGCAUUGUUGGGGAGGGGACUCGUUAACCAAAUAGCCCACAUGAUUGGCUCAGCAUGGGUUGUUACCCGAUCUGUCGGCUAUUUGGAGGCCCCGUUUUGCAAGCAGCCGGGAGAAGUUGACAAGAGGUGGCAGUUGGGUUGGAGACUUGCUGGUUUGGAGGAGGAAAUGCUUUUCUUUCCCCGCUGGGUUCACCUUGUAAAGUUGCCGGGAAUGUUCUCCCGCUGAAUACGGCGUGCUCGGAGUUCACCCUAGUCCCGUUUUAGCUGCGUGUUCUACUGAGACCGUUACCCAGGGAAGGACUGUAGCUGGUACUGCUGACAAAAAGAGACGAGCAAACAUGACGGGCGGCGUUGUUUACUCUGUGCUGAGGUGCUGCUUGCUGGUAAUGGCUCUGUACUGGGAGCGGGCGGACUCUACUGGCUACACCAGCGGUCAGUACAGUUGCGAUCCCAUUCGAAUCGACAUGUGCAACAACCUGGGCUACAACGUCACCCGCAUGCCCAACCUAGUCGGGCACGACAUGCAGCAAGACGCCGAGCUCCAACUGCAAACCUUCACGCCUCUCAUCCAAUAUGGCUGCUCUUCGCAGCUUCAGUUCUUCCUCUGUUCGGUUUACGUGCCCAUGUGUACCGAGAAGGUUCCAAUCCCCAUAGGACCGUGCCAGAGCAUGUGUCUGUCGGUGAAAAGACGCUGCGAGCCCGUCUUGAAGGAGUUCGGCUUCCCCUGGCCCCCGACUCUCAACUGUUCCAAGUUUCCGCUCCAAAACGACCACAACACCAUGUGCAUGGAAGGGCCCGGGGACGAUGAAGUCAAUCUGGCGGACGGAAGCGCGGGGAAUGAGCGGCGAGGCGGCGGCCCGACCACCCCAGACGGUAACGGGAACAGUCUCCACGCGGAAAGCUGUGGCGGACCCAACGACGACAGUUACAUGUACGUAAAAAGAACGGACUCGUGCGCGCUCAAGUGUGGAGUGGAGUACGGCAACUUCACUCCCGAAGAGAAGCGGUUCGCCGAUAUCUGGAUGGCCGUCUGGGCUGGACUGUGUUUCCUGUCCACCAUGUUUACGGUCCUAACGUUUCUGAUCGACACCGCCCGUUUCCGCUACCCAGAAAGACCCAUCAUCUUUCUAUCCAUGUGCUACAACAUCUACAGCAUUGCGUACAUCGUGAGGUUAGUUGUAGGCAGGAAAGCCAUCUCGUGUGACUCUGAAGACGGACAAGCUUUCCUUAUUCAACAAGGACUUGAAAACACAGGCUGUGCGAUCGUCUUUCUCUUCCUAUACUUCUUCGGUAUGGCGUCUUCGAUCUGGUGGGUAAUUCUAACCCUCACCUGGUUUCUGUCCGCGGGACUGAAAUGGGGACACGAAGCGAUAGAAAUGCAUAGCAGCUAUUUCCACCUGGCUACCUGGUCAAUCCCAGCCAUUAAAACUAUAGUCAUUUUUGUCAUGAAGCAAGUGGAUGCAGACGAGUUGACCGGACUUUGUUUUGUCGGCAAUCAGAAUUUAGACGCGCUCACAGGGUUCGUUGUAGCACCGCUGUUCACUUACCUAGUGGUCGGGACAUCGUUUCUUCUAGCUGGGUUUGUCUCGCUGUUCCGCAUCCGAAAUUUCAUGAAAAAUGACGGCACCAAAACGGACAAGCUAGAGCGAUUGAUGGUGAAGAUUGGAGUAUUCAGUGUGCUGUACACGGUCCCUGCCACAUGUGUCAUUGCCUGCUACUUCUACGAACACUCCAACAGAGAACUGUGGAGGUACUCAUCUGCAAAACCCAACAUCGAACUCUACAUGUUGAAGAUUUUCAUGUCUCUCGUGGUCGGGAUCACGAGUAGCAUGUGGAUUUGGUCAGCAAAAACCGUCAGUUCCUGGGCAAAUUGCACAAGAAGACUGUGUAAUAAUUCCAAGUCAGGGGAAAACACUCCCAGACCAAACGGACUGACACUGAAACCAGGAGGAGGCAAGGAAAGUGCGGUAUGAGAUUCCUCACAAUCUUUUUGUGUGUAACAGAGAACCCCAAAAGUCUAUAUACUUUAACUGUGUCUAGAAAUGUGUCCAGUUGAGAAUUCCUAACAACUUGUUGAUUUGUCGGACCUAUGUGUCUAUCACGGGUAGAGUAAAUAAAGCAGGGAGCCAGUCUUAGAUGUUUUUUUCUGUUCAUCCAAACCUAUUUCAGAAACUUAGUCCAUGUAUAAAGCAAUAUAUUCUGAUUCUUCCUAUCAAAAGGAACAAAAAUCACACUUUUAUACUGUUAAAUCAAGUUAUGUGCCAACUACCAAGACAAUUUUUUCGGGCCUCGAAAACAUAUUUUGUACGAAAACUUGAUAACCGAGGCCUGUCUGUAUGUUGUAUUGUACAGAGAGAGAUUUUAGAGUUGUAAUUUUGAAGAUGUAAUGUUGAUACUUGUAAAAAUAUGAUUCGUGUCUGUAUUAAUGAACUCAGUUGAGACAGUAGAGAUUAGAUUAUCACUGUAUGAUAUACGUAACAGUUUAUGUCUAUGAUUCAUAUGUAUCAUCACAUAUAUGUAGUUUGGCACAGACAAAUCACACCACAAGCGUAAAUACAUUGACAUAAGAUUGUUGUAAUGAAAUAUGACAUUUCAUAUAAAUAUAGUUUCAUGCUUGUGCCAUUUCUAUCACCAAUUGAAUGUGGUAUGUAAUUAUUAACGUUAAUGUGAGUUAUGUAAAUCAUCAUGAACAAUAACUUAUAGUACAUGUACUUAAAACGUCGUGUAAAUGUAUUUCACACAGUUCAUUAACGAUUAUCAGUGUCUUUUGUACCGAUUUUUAAUGCUAUCACCAUUUGUAUUGAAAUUACAAUAAUGCCAAUUACUGUAAUAGUGGGAUCGAACAAAAUGCUGUUACAAUGAAAAA